AUGAAUAGUUCAAAUAAGAAACAAAGCCAGGGUAAAGUUCAAUUUCAACGAUGGAACAGUCGAUUUUCAGUUGGUGGUGCGAAUCGAACGAAUAUUCAUCAACAAAUAAGGCGGCUGUCAAGAGAGAAUGAUGUAUCACGUAAGUUUAGCUUAUUUGCAUUUCUUUAAUCAUAUUUAAAACUUUCAGCUAAUAGAUUACCCCAUUAUCAUCAGCCAACUUCGUCGAAUCGUUUACCAUAUGAUCGGUAUCAUUAUAGAGCAUCGGAAAGGCAGAAUUCUCGUGGCGAUGAAGAGGUAAGAAUUGAAAUUUUCAGAAAUAUAAACUUCAAAAUGUUUUUUUAGCAGGAAUACAAUUUGAGUAAUUUUCGAGAUAGUAAAGGACGGCCAUUGCAAAGAGUAGGAUUAUUCAGAAAUGCGAAACAUUCAGAUGUUAUAUUGCCAAAUGUUGAUGAGAGAGUCAUGAGAAACGUAUAUUUUACAUAAAUUGAUUUGGAGUUAAAAAAUAUCAUUUUGCAGGCUGAAGCAAAAAUCCGUCGUUUGACAAGGCGAGAAAGUGGAGAAGAAGAAGAUUGUCGAUAUGAUGACGAUGAUAGAAAUCGUAUGUUUAUGAUAACUCAUCAAUAAUUAAUAUUGUAAUAUUUUCAGCCGUUCGUGAAAGAGUUCGUCAAGUAGUUUAUGAAAUGAAUGGAAACCCAGCUGAAAAUUUUCACCAAGUUCCUCGUCGAAGAGCCGAAGUUGUUGCCAGACAACUGGUUUAUUCACCACAACCUCCUAGAAGAUAUUCGAACCCACGACGAAAUGUGUUAUACGAUAGUGGAUAUGAACCUAGAUCGCCUGAUAAUCGACGAGAUAAUUAUUAUGAAAAUGAUAAUGAAGAUUAUAAUAGACCUUCAACUUCUCGUCCACAUCAAAAUGAUUAUUAUCAACAUCGUGCACAGGAUAUUCGACAAGAACAUCGUUUAGCAUCAACAUCUCCUCCUCCACCUCAAACUUUAUCUCGAUCUCAAAAGAAAUCACGAAAACGGCAACAAAAUAGUCCCAAUACGUCAAUUGAAAAUCGUAAUCAUUCUUAUUUAUCAAAUCAUGCACAACAAUCUCCAGAAUUACAAGAAUUGUCAGAUGAAGAUGAAAAACAAAAAGAAAGUGAGAAUAAUGAUAUUCAGGAUAAAGGUAACGAAAUAGAAGAAGAAGACAAUGACCCAGGUUUGUCCAAUUUUAAAUUUUAAAAAAAUUAUAGAAUUAUUUUCAGAUCGUCCUCAUUCACGUCUCAGCGAUGCUUCAACUUCCAGUAAAAAAUUGAACACGUCUUAUUCGCCGGAAGAAGAUGAAUUGACUCAGUGGAAAAAAGCAUCUGAGUUUUUCAAUACUUUGUAAGUUUUUAAAUAUCUGCCUGUUUUAAAUUUGCUCAAAUUUUUAUUUGCAGAGAUGGAGAAGCUUCAGCGAUUAUCGAUCGAAUUGGGAAUUCAAUGCCACAUUUGCCACUAAAUGAUGAAUCUGAAAAAUGUUACUCGAAAAUCGCAUUUUCAUUGAUUUUUAAAAGUCUUCAGAAUCAGGUAGAUUUGUGUUUUUUCCUGGAAUGUAUUUAUGACAUUUAAUAAUUUCAGAAAAAUGACAAUCCACCGAAAAAAUCAACUGGAGAUGUUUUCACAAAUUUGGUGAAUAUGAGCACUUCGUGGGUUCUUCCUAGUCAUCAAUAUAGUACAAUUCUAGCUGGUGGUGGUGAAAAUUUUGAAGAUAAGAAAAACGAGACAAAUGACGAAGAACAACCUGUUAAUACAGUUGUAUUCGGUGAUAUUUCGAAGUUUCAAAAUCCACAAAAUCUUCUGUUAGAUGAUUCAAAGUUUCCAACAAGUUCAAGAUUUCUGGAGCCUACAAUUAGAAUUGCAUCGAAAAAUACGCGCAAAAGAAAAACGCCACUUUUUCAAUCUUCGCCGGUUUCAAAUGAUGUUGUGAGAUCAAGUGAAAUAAGUACAAUGCCAAGCGAAAUUCGGAAUUCUCAAGUUAUUGAGAAAAUAACAGAAAAGGAAGAUGAAAUCGAAUCAGAAGAGGAGGAAGAAAGAGAAUAUGAUAUGGAUCGUUAUAUUGAUAAAGGAGCAUCACAGUUGACAUAUAUUGGAACUCCAGGUUUGUUUAAUUUUUUCAUCUGAUUGUGAGAAUGUUCAGGGAAUUGAUUUUUUUUUCUUAGAAGUACAAUCAACUUCGAAAACAACAUUCCGGUUUAUAAAUUCUGAUGAGAUUGUUCGUGGAACUCCGGAAGAGUAUGUUUUUUUUUAAAUAUUUAUGUUUGAACUUUCUAAUUUAUUUUUCAGAAAACACAAUCGAAGUGUUCAAAUGAUUGAUGAUGAUCAACGGAAUGAUUCAUUCAGAAAUGACUGUAAGUGAAUUGUCUUCUUAAUUUUUGAAUUUCGGAAAAUUCAGUUGAAAUACAACCUUCGGCAACAUCGAAUCAACCUUUCAAUUUUACAUUUUCAAAUCAAAAGUCAAUAAAUUCAACAGAAAUGAAUGUGGAUACCAAAACACAACAAUUGUUUGAAAAUGCAUUUGAAGAAUAUCAAAACGAGAAAAAGAAAGAAGAAAAUCGUAAAUAUCAAUUCUAA